AUGUCGUUUAAAUUGAUAUUACGAGUAAAUAAUAAAUUACCACAUCAGUUUCAGUCCUCUACUAACCACCGUUAUGUUCACACAGGUGGUCGUCAAAGUAAUUCCUUGCUUUGGCUGUCCUCACAUAAAAUCCCACAAAGAUCUAAUUUAUUACACGCUCAAGCAACAACAACAACACCAACAACUACAAGAGUAAAAACAGAGAGUUCCUCUCAACGAAUUUCUCCUCAUAAGAAGACACCACCCUUAUCAUCAUCAUCAUUAAUGGGAGAUCCCAGUACUAGUAGUAGUAGUACUACGAUAGAUGCACCACCCUUAGUGCUUGACCCACCGUUUACACCUGUGCCAGGAGAAUUGGAUUUACUACAAAAUAAUAAUAAUAAUAAUAAUAAUAACAGCAGCAGCAGUAGUAGUUCUAGUGAUGUCUUGGAUGAGGUUUGUUACAGUUGUUGUCGUUGUAAAACUAUUCUCUUUUCCAGCAGGGCGUACGCUCCGUCUAGUGCCAUUGGCCAACAUAGCAGUGGAUGGCCAUCGUUUACAUCCCCCGUCUCUUCAAAGGCGUUAAGACUGCGCAGUCUCCUUCAGCGAGUGGCGGUGGAACGGGGAAGUGGAGUGCCGUUGCGGGCAACACUCGCGGCCCGUGGAUUACGUGUGGAGGGAGAAAUGGUGCGGCGCACAAACAGAGGAAACUGCGAGCGGGCCUAUCAGCAAAUAACAUGGCGUGAAGAGUGUCUGCGGGAUGUGAACAAGCGGAGUGAUCCUGCCGUUGUGGAGGGGUGCUGCACGGCGUGUGGGUCUUGUGUGUGCCGAGUGACGGUGGAGAGGCGCAGUGGUGUGAAGUACGUCGUGAAUCCCACAGCUGUGGUGGCGCAACGGAAGAUGGAAUAG